UCCAAUGUAUUUCACAUGAGAAAGCGGAAUACACAUAUAAGCAGCAAACCCUGGAGUCCGGAUGCCAGAGACAGACUAAGAUUUGACUUUGUGACAUCAUGCUUGUGUGUCCGUGCAGUGGUGUCCUGCCGGCCCUCAGUGAAGGUGCUGUCUCCAGAGGACGGGAAGCAGAGCAUCGUGCAGGCGGCGCAGCAGCUGUGUCGCUCUGUGGAGAACAGAGAGAGGAGCUCCAGAGACAUCAGCGUCUCCAUGCUGGACCUGCUGCUCCGAGAAUCCAAGAGCGUCCCAGACCCUGAGCUGGUGGUGAAGUUUGGCCCGGUGAACAGCACGCUGGGCUUCCUGCCCUGGCACAUCAGACUCACAGAGUUCAUCUCCCUGCCCUCCCACAGAGACGUCUCCUACGAGGACCUGUUGGGGGUGCUGCGGCGGUUUGGCAGCUGUCAGCAGCGGCUCGGACAGUGAAGUGCAGGCAGGAGGAAGUGCGGGGUUCACAGUCGGAGGAGAGUUUGGACAGGUGUGACCCCUCCAUGCUUCGCUGUGUCCCCCACUACUCCACUCCCCAAAUCUGUCCACGUCCUGGUUCUUUAAAAGACAGCCAGCCAGAUCACUUCCUGCCACCAGCUCUUGUCUUAUCAUAAACUUGCAUUCCAGGACUUCUGGAACAUGCUCUCCAAGCCAAGGGAAAAUAGCACAUUAGACUCAGUGGCAGGAGAAGUGUGCACAGACUCUGUUCUGUCCUCUCAGAGCCUCAGCCUCCAGCUGCUGUUGUCUGCCUUCCCUCAGCAGAUAACAAAGAAGAAGCAAUGCUUUGUGCUGGCAAAUCCAGCUGCAUUUCAGAGAGAAGCUCCACUCCCUAACACAGCCAAGGAGCGGAAGUGUAGCUGAGGGAUAGAGUGCUUAAUAAUAGUGUGUAAAUAUGAGAAAUCCAUGUGGCUACGUUUGUCGCUGUGGCUCCAGCUUGCAGUCAUGUGUAGUGUUGCCUCAGACACAUACAGAGUCUCUGUGCUCCUGUUAGACUGACCAAGCUAUGAAAUAAAGAAAUGCAGUGUG